AUGCUAUGCUAUGAUCAGUCAGUUCCGGACUUUGGUCCGAUGCCAUUAGUUCCGGACUUCGAUCGCCAUGCAGUCAGUUCCGGACUUCGGUCCAAUGCAGCUAGUUCCAGACUCCGGUCCGAUGCAGGGGACAAGAUACCAGUCAGUUCUGGACUUCGGUCCGAUGCAGUUUCCGAACUUCGGUCUAAUGCAGUGGGCAAGGCCCAGUAUGUGAUUUAUAUGUAUUUUAUGGUAUGUGGUAGUUUGGGGGAGCUCACUAAGCUUCGUGGUUACAGUUUCAGUUUUGGUUUCAGGGGGCAUCAAAACUCAAAUCCAUUGGUUGAGAUGGAGCCAAGUAGAUUGAAUCUUGAUAUUCUAAAUAAUAAAACUAAUAAGUUUUAUGAUGUCGAUGAAAAUAUUUCAAAAGAGGAUGAAGUUAUCGAAGAUGCGUGUUUAGAUUUUGAACCUACAUAUCCACUAUUGGAUAAGUGGACACACAAUCAUCCAAAGGAACAUGUUCUUGGUGAUCCACAAGCUGGGGUCUUGACACGAACCCAGAUGCGAGCUAAAAAUGAAGUGUUCAAUGUUCAUCAGGAAUAA